UUGGAAAACACAGACUGCUCAGGGUAUCAGAGGAAGAGCACAGGGAGCAGAGCACACAGGAGCAAAGAACUGGACCCAGUGUCGACCCCAUGGCAGUCACUCCUGUGGGCUCUGCCACCUGGCGAGAUGCUUCGUACAAGACGAUCCGAAUGGCCCUCGGUCUACAAAUACGUCCCUUUUCUACUCUUCCCUCCGCUGAGACCAGCCAAGGAAAAAUAAAACCACAAGAUGAAAACACCCAAAGAAAGAAAACUCCUGGGCCUCAACCAACACCUUUUCAUCGGGACCUAAUAGCCAGCGCAUGCAAUGCAUAUACCCGCGAUUACAUGAGAGAAACCCGAAGCUCUGUGUUCAUCCUCAGACAGGCCUUGUGGGAGACAGAUCGCCAUAUCCAGAGAUUGCAGAAAGAAAGAGACAUAUUGGAACGAUCCCAUGCCAACACUCGAAGAGAUGUGUUGACCAAUAAUGAGACCCUGCAAUUACGCAGUACAAGACCAAUGACAGAGAGGUACCCAGACAAAGUUGACACUCUUCUUCAAGAGGAGAGGAAUGGCCUCCUGGACCUAAAGCGACACACAGAACGCCAGCUUCAGGAAAUCUCAAGACAGAUUAAAGUGCUAUAUUCUCACCGGCAGAGACUAUCAGAUUUUUGCAAAGAAAAGGGCCGAGUAUUGGACAUUAUCAGUGAGAACGCUCGGCCUCAGUCAUUAGAACAGACAACACCAGGGGGCAGCACUCUUCUUGGCUCAGAAAAUAAAGAUUGUCAGGCUGCCAUGAAAGACGCCCGUUCAACGCGUGAAAACUUCAGAAAGACGCAGCCUCCCAACUGGCAGAAACCGUUGGACUGUGCAGAAUUAAAAGACAGCGUGACACAAGGACUCCGCAAAAAAGCAGAGGAGAGCUCCCGAAUCCGGGACGAUGUGACGCUGGCAUUGGGAAACGUGAAGAACAUAAUUCAGAGGAAGCAGAGGCUGUACCAGGAGAUGGAGGGCAGUUAUCAGCUGCAGCUGGGCCCGAAGUCCAGCUUGGAUCUUUCUGUGAGAGAACGUCUGGAUCGUCCACUGGUCAGAAUCCUCCAGAGACACCCAGGAACCCAGCUCCCCGAGGGCACCCUAAUCUGCCAGGGCUCUGCUUCUUUGGAGCAAUCUCUUGGUAAAGCGCAGGAUCAACUCGACUCUUUACACGUGGCACAGAUGAAGCUGCGAGAAGACCAGGACAACAAGCUGUGGGGGGAGCGCAUUGACCGGGCCGCCGCCAGAAUGCGAACGAAGAGCACCAAGGGUCGGGGAGAGAGGCUGUGCCUGUGAGCCGAGAGACAGCCGAGAGGAUGUCACAUCAACCAACCGCAACAACAUUGAUUUGCUUUAUUAAAAGUCAUUAUUAAAGAAAAACUCUGCAGAAAACA